UGAUCGCAGUCCCUCCCUGCAGGAGUCAGGGUCCUGUUCUGUCUGAGCAUUGUGGAUUUUGAGAAGCUGAAGUCUGAAGGCUGUGAGAAGAGGAAUCGUGACGUCAGUCUUCCUCCAGAUCUGCCAGCUUACAGCCUCUGACUUUGGGGGCAAGAGAAACAGCGAAAGGAAAGAUAAAGUUGGUGCCUUUGAAACUUUCACUUUUUUGGCCCCUUUCUCCUUUUCUUUUUCCUGGACUCUCAUGCACAUCGAUCCUCAAAAAAAAAAGUGAGACACACCCCCCUCGACUCCACGUUCUGCAGGUCUGCGUGUCACUGUACUGUGGGGUGCAGGUGUGAUGCAAGAGAGGUCCCCGCCAACCCAAGAAGAAUCCUGAUUGAUUCACGCUCCAUUUGUCUCCAUUUCCAGCUGACGGAGGUGAAAACAAAAUCGACUUGCCCCGCUGCAGAAGUGGAUUAACUCCUAUUUACUCUCCAACGAGCAAGUGGAGGGGCGUGUGUGCAUUUGUGUGUGUGCACUUCUGUGUGUGGCAAGAGUUCAACCAGCUGCUUUCUCGGAGGCAGACUAGUGGAUUUACAGCCAUUUCUGAUGUUUCUGUUUUAUUGCAUGUGCCCAUGUGGAGCCCAAUGUAUUGACAGGGGAUCUCAGAUCUCUUUCUUUUGGAAUAACUGGGACUUCUCACACUGAGGGUUGUUACUGUUCUAUUGUCUUUCUCAUUGUGCAUCUGAAACUGCUGUCGCUGCCUCUCCCAUUUGCGGGGUCCCCUCUUCUGCUCGGGUACGACCUCGGCAAACCUCCUGUCAAACCAGGAUGGGAAUGCAUAUAGCUCCCAGAACUGUGUCAACACACCUCCCGCUCUGUCUGGUGGGUUGAUCUCCGGGGGAAAUCGUGCACGGGAGUGUGUACGUGCACGCGGUGAGGUGGAGUGAACACCAUGAACUUGUGCACAAACGUCUCGGACACCAGCUCUUGGAUGGGGGCUCAGGCGGUUCUGGGUAAUGUUGGUGGGAACGUUUCACUGGGAUGUAACAGUAGCAGCGGUGGGCUGACACAGUAUGGGGUGUCCCACAAUGAUGGGGCAUGCGGGUGCUCCAGCACCACAUCGACGGAGAAGAACUGGGCAGCACUGCUCAUCCUGGUAGUGAUCGCACUCACUGUUGCCGGCAACAUCCUGGUCAUCAUGGCCGUAUCCCUGGAGAAGAAGUUGCAGAACGCCACCAACUACUUCCUGAUGUCACUGGCUGUGGCGGACAUGUUACUGGGCCUGCUGGUCAUGCCUGUAUCCAUGGUGACCAUCCUGUACGGAUACAGCUGGCCACUGCCUCCCACUCUCUGCCCCAUCUGGAUCUACCUGGAUGUUCUUUUCUCCACGGCUUCUAUCAUGCACCUGUGCGCCAUCUCCCUGGACCGCUACAUUGCCAUCCGCAACCCAAUCCACCACAGUCGCUUCAAUUCCCGCACUAAGGCUUUCCUCAAGAUCAUGGCCGUCUGGACCAUCUCUGUGGGCAUAUCCAUGCCAAUCCCAGUUUUUGGUUUGCAGGAUGACUCCAAGGUGUUCAAGGACGACAGCUGCUUCCUGACGGACGACAGCUUCGUGCUGGUGGGUUCACUGGUGGCCUUCUUCGUCCCCCUCACCAUCAUGGUGGUGACAUACUUCCUGACUAUCAGUGCAUUGCAGACAGAGGCCACGAUGUGCCUGGACCAGCUUGUACCGAGGCCCCGCUGGGCAACGCCUCUGAGCUUCCUGCCCCAAGGUUCGUUGACUUCUGAGAAGCUGUUCUUCUGGCGUUCGCUGAGCGGGCGGGAGGUGGCAGCCCCAGCCUUUGGCCGCAGGACCAUGCAGUCCAUCAGCAAUGAGCAGAAGGCCUCCAAGGUACUGGGUGUGGUGUUCUUCCUCUUUGUGGUCAUGUGGUGCCCAUUUUUCAUCACCAACGUGCUGGCGGUAGUGUGCAAGGGCACGUGUGAUGCAAAAGUCAUGGGAGGCCUGCUCAACAUCUUUGUGUGGGUGGGGUACCUGUCCUCUGCUGUCAACCCGCUGGUUUACACCCUCUUCAACAAGACUUACCGCUCUGCAUUCUCACGCUACAUUCGUUGCCACUACCGGGAGGAAAGGAAGUCUCUGCAGCUGAUCCUAGUAAACACCAUACCCCCAAUAGCCUACACCUCUACUCAGCUGCCCCUGGGCCACAUCACCCCCCUCAGAAAUGGGGAGCCCUCCCCAAGGUUUUUGGGGUCAAAUGGGUCUGGGUCCCCGAGACCUCCUGAGCACCAGAGCAAGGAUGAAAAUGUCAGUAGCGUUUGAACAGCUUUUUUUCCAUGACAAGUGAGGACCAUGGCAACCUGGCACAUUCCAUGUAACACAGAGAACCUUUGAAUAAAGGUUCAUUAGAUACUAGAGCGAGGCUGGGCUUCGAUACCCUAGGUAAUGUAAUGCCGUACUUUCAGCCCUGGAAAAAAAAUUAUUAUAACGCAAGGAGAUAAAAUAUUUUUUUCCUAAAGAAUGACAUAUAUGUAUUUAAUACUGUUUAAAAAAUAUUUGUAUCUUCAUGUUUUUUUUUACUCUAUAUUUGAACAGGGAGGAGAGAUCUUGCACAUGGAUGUUUUUUGUGUUGUCUCUUUGUUUUGUUUCUUGUGCACUUUCCUUUUUCUUUCAUGUUUAUGUUGGUUCAGGCUCUUGUGAUAACAACUGAUUUCUGAGAACAAGAAAAUGGGGUGAGUCAAGGCAUGUUAAUCUAUAAGGCAGAUGCACAACACACACAACUCACAACUUGCCAGACAACAUCUCAUCAUUACCUUUUCAAUUAGGCUAGAUCUAUGGAGGCCAGGGCCUGUGCUUAAAAAUGUCAUGAAGUAAUAUCAGGAUCAGAUUUCCCCUGUUUAUAUCCUGAGCUUAUCCAUUAUGAGAAAGAUGGAUCUUUCCUAGAUCAUCUCUCCUACUCUCAGGUGCAUCAUGAAUACAGGCCCAAUUCUCUCUGUGUGCCUGAAGUUUUUUUACUCCCAUCAUUUCAGUGCAACUGAGUAGGCAGACAAUCGGCCAACGACAUUACUGCCAGGCAAAACAGAUCGCUCUGUCUCCAUUUCACAGAUUCCUAAUUUUUUACGAGCCGGAGCUUGGCUUGGGUGACACUCCAACCGUCCCACGGGCCAGGAGUUCAGUUUUACAGAACGCCGUGUUGUUGUUGAAACAGCUCCGCGACUUGAGGUUUUUCACCAGAUGAAGGAAUGAUUUCUAAGGUUUCCAAGGAGAAAAGAGAUUCAGCUUUCAGCGUCCAAUCAGAAUUUACCUUUGGUUGCCUGAGAAACCAGAUAAGGCUCAGAUGUGGGGGGUGGGGGGUGGGAGAGUGAGCCUUUGGCUUGCGUCUCAAUCGAGCCUAAAUCCUGUGUUCUGUGGGGCUUUUGAAUUUUACUGCUUCAGCCUAGCUGUGACAGACCGUGGGCAGUUCUGACUCAUACCCAGGUAAAGCGAGGCUGCUCUGACUCAUACAGUACCUGGGGUAAUCAGGGUCAUUCUUACUAAUGCCUGGGCCCAUCUAAGCCAUUCUGACUUAGAACUGAGGGCUCCCUUCCCUUAUAGCUUUAUGAGUUUCUCUGUGACAUACAGGUAGCAAGUGCUAUUUAGGUUGUAAAACAUAACAGACUCUCUGUACAAAAGGGUCUUGCGUGUGUGUGUGCAUGCAUCCAUCACAUGAAAACAAGAUGCCAACUGAGGUUCACACACACUGUAACUAACAUUGUCUGCAGUGGCAAAAACACAAAAUCUCUCACUCUCAUGCAUAUAUAAAUGCACACACACACAAACAUUAGACAAUCUCCUGAAACAACACUGCUCAUAAAAACAAAAAAAAACGCAUGAAUUACUUAAAACAUAAGCAAUGACGAUAAACUUGGGUUUCGCCAGUGAGAUUUGUGCCCAAAGAAUGUAAACAUGGGUUACAGGCUAUGUCCAUCAAAAAUCAAGUUAUGUUCCCUAAUUUAAUGAACAUAUAACCAUGGGACUGUUUGGAGGCUAUUGUACUGUAGCUCUAAUGUGUUGCACACUGCAUCAUGUAUAUGAAAAAUCCUCUGGAAAUAUACAUGUUUGCCAGUCAAGUGGAAGUGCCUUGGGACAGGCUGUACCCUCGGUAGAGACGGCUCUCGAAAAACAUCAAGGCCUGUUGGCAAAGCUCUUUCGACUUCAGGAUGGGAAACGCCAGCAGGCCUCUCUGCCUGAGCGCAGUGAGCAAUUUGCAAGAUUUGCGAGAUGGUGGAACAGAUUAUUACUGAAGGCAGGGGCCAAAUCUGUCAUCCCACGUGAUCGUCAGCCCCACACUGCUCUUUAAUCUCACGCAAAUACCUUCAUCUGCUCUUAUCUCUUUUUUCUCUCCCCACCUCGAGCUGCCCCUUUAAUCAUACAUAAAUAAUUCAGAUAUGUCAUAAUCUUUUAUGCUCAUAAUUUAUAACUCAUUAUCCACUCUUUUUUUAACAGCAGCUUGGCACAUACGAAAGAGGCACUACAGUAGCUGGCACACCUCACAUAAUUCUCUUCACAGUGCAUGCCAUUGCCACUAUAGGUGGUACUGUGGAUUCUAAAGCGUAUUCAACAUAGGCAAAAAGGCUUACAUUUCAAAAAUAUUCAAUUUUUUUAUUUUGAGCUACCAUAUAUAGAUUUUACAUUCCCUUUAAUUGUUCUUGGACUGGACUGAGAAAAAGUAGUUGGAUUAAAAGUGUGAGAACGCACAUAAGGAUGUUGCCUCAUCUGACAGGCCAUCAUGGCCACUAUCUCCCUCCCCUUUAGCUCCUCAGUCCUAUUAAAGACCUGCUUUUGUAAGUACAAAAAGAGGGAUACUCCCAGUUAACAAAACAUUUCAAAAAUUAUCCAGAUUGAUUCCAGAUGUGUGUCAAUAACAUUUUAAGAAUGUUCCAAAAUUUGUGUUAAAAUUCCAUAUUGCUAAAUAUUGAUACUUUCCUUGAAAAAAUUGUUGUUAGUCUAAGGCUUUAGUUGUCUUUUUACUAGAACUGCAAAAUACUCAAAAUAAUUUUUAAGCCCAUGCCUGCAAUGUUCCUCAUGAUUAAAAAUAGCAUUGUGAAUGCUUACCUUACUUUCUGAGAAUGUUCUAGGAACUAAAAGUUGUUAGCGGGUAAACACAGGCUCAACUCCAGCAAAAUGUCCCUGAUCCAGCCACUGCCCCAUAAAAACACUUCCAGAAUGUCACCAUAAUGCAGAACUGCACCUUGGCCACGUGAUCAGCUGAGUGUCUUUAAAUGUUUUGCUAGACAAACAGUUUUACAGACGAUGGAACCUGAUGUCUCAGGAGGUUCCUUUUGUCUCUGUGGGGUUUACAGGUUGCAGGUAGCCCCUAAGAUCUCUGUAUUUGCCAAAAAAGUGACUGUUUCUGUGAUAGUGGUAGUAUUGUGUGUGGACCACUAUGUAUGUUUCUGCUAAUUAUGAUGAUGCACACAUAACAUGUCUUGUGUUUUCCCCUGCCUUUACCUCAGUGUACUUUGUGAACAUUGUGAUUAAUAAAUCACACUUGAUUGGAAA